AUGGAACUAACUGAUUUCAAACCCUCAACUUGGAUUUCUUCUUCAAAAGAUUCGUUAAAAAUAUCUUUGGUAAGUAAGGAUGGUGCUGUUCAAUUUGCACCUAUUUUUACAUAUCCCAUAUUCGGAGAUGCAGAACAAAUCGUUGGUUAUCAAGAUUUACUUGUUCAUUUGGCGUUUGAUUCCAUUACAUUUAGGCCAUUUUUAAAUGUUAAAUACUCAACUAAACUAGAUACGGAAGAUAUCGAUGACGUUGAAGGAGAGUUGUUAAAGGUUUUACCAAGUGAUAAGGAUGAAGUCAUAUUAAAAGAUGAAGCAAAAUGGGUUGAUAUGUUUGAAUUCGAACAGAAGAACUCGUUUAAACUACCGGAGGAUAAAUAUAAAGUUAACGAAUAUGAAAUAGAUAAGGAACACUUUGUCGUUUAUAAAAUGAAGCUUUCUGAUGAUGAAAAGUUUUUGAAGUUGCAUCGUCGAAUUCAGAUUUUUUCCCUCUUUUUCAUUGAAGCAGCUUCCUAUAUUGAUGAAGAAGAUUUUAAUUGGGAUAUAUAUUGGCUAUUCAAUAAGGAAAAGAAGCAAUGUAUGGGUUAUGCCACCGCUUACAUGUAUUGGAAAUACCUCGGUGGAAAAGAUUUUGAUGAAUCUAAAGAGCCUAAACAUUACAGAGCCAAGGUCUCUCAAUUCUUAAUUUUACCGCCAUAUCAGGGUAAAGGGCAUGGUUCGAAGCUCUAUCAAGCAAUUUUUAAGAAUUGGUUAAGUAAUGAUUUAGUACGAGAAUUUACUGUAGAAGAUCCUAGUGAGAAUUUUGAUGAUUUGAGAGAUCGUAAUGAUUUAAAUUUCUUAUAUGAAAAUGGAUUCUUCCAAGAACUAUCUUCGAAAAUUGUAAAUGAAAAGGAUUUCAUCUCUAAUGAAUGGUUGCUAUCAAAACAAAGGGCGUAUAAGAUUGAGAAGAGGCAAUUUGGAAGACUUGUCGAAAUGAUUAUGUAUAAAGAAAACCUUGUAAAUGCAUUCAGGCAUCAGGUUAAAAGAAGAUUAUAUUUGAAGAACUAUGAUACUCUUUCUGAAAUGACAGAAGCAGAAAGAAAAGAUGCGCUACAGAAAUCAUAUCUUACUAUUAAAGAAGACUAUGAAAGGAUAACAUGCAGCUCUAAAUUCAAAAAAAGACAUGCAGAAGAAAUCGAAGGGUUGGAUAGUAAGAAACCUAAGCCAGAAGGCGCCUAG